AGUGGGGAGGGGGAGGAGCUUCCAGAACUCUCGCCCCGGGCCUUCCCGAACGUUCGCCGCCACGUCACCGCACUAGGCAGCACACCAUCCCGGGGGGAAGGAAUGGAGGCUCCGCUUCCAGAACUGUCUGGAAACUUCCGCCCCCACAUCCCAACCCACCCGACCCGACGGGUAUAUAUAUAGGCCGGGGUGGGGGCGCGGAUGCUGGUCCUGGUUUCGACGAGCUCCAUCAUCCAAGUACGAAGGGGAUAAAGGGACUCAUCACUCCACCCAGCUGGAGAGAAAAAAAAUCUCAGCUAGGCAAGAUCGUUCCAGAUUGAAUUCGUUCGGUGGAGGGCGAUAUAUUUUUUUUCGGCAAGGAUCGCCAUUCUCACCGGUCGUUCAAAUUCUUCUCCUGCGUUAAGUGGCUGUGUGUGCUCUGUUCGUCAUCUUCCUCUGCUACUCAAUUGCAUUGGUUGGUUGGUUAGACAUGAAUCCAUUGCGCGUCAUCGUGAAAGAGGAGGAGCUCGACUUCGCCGCCGCGGCGGCGGCGGCGGCGGCGGGUGAGGGCUCGCCGUCGUCGUGGGCGGUCGGCGUGAUGGACCUGCCUCGUCCAAUGGAGGGCCUCGGCGAGGCCGGGCCGCCGCCGUUCUUGUGCAAGACGUACGAGGUCGUGGACGACCCCGGCACGGACACCGUCAUCUCGUGGGGGUUCGCCGGCAACAGCUUCGUCGUCUGGGACGCCAAUGCGUUCGCCGCCGUGCUCCUCCCGCGCUACUUCAAGCACAGCAACUUCUCCAGCUUCGUCCGCCAGCUCAACACCUACGGGUUCAGGAAGGUCGAUCCGGAUAGAUGGGAGUUCGCGAACGAGGGGUUCUUGCGGGGGAAGAAGGAGCUCCUGAAGACGAUCAAGCGACGCCGGCCGCCGCCGUCGAGCCCCCCGUCGUCUUCGUCGUCGUCGUCGUCGUCGCAGCACCAGCAGCAGCCGGCGGCGGCGUGCCUGGAGGUGGGGCAGUUCGGGCGCGACGGCGUGGUGAACCGGCUGCAGCGCGACAAGAGCGUCCUGAUCGCGGAGGUGGUGAAGCUGCGGCAGGAGCAGCAGACGACGCGCGCGCAGAUGCAGGCGAUGGAGGAGCGCAUCUCGGCGGCGGAGCAGAAGCAGCAGCAGAUGACGGUGUUCCUGGCGCGCGCCAUGAAGAACCCGGGCUUCCUCCAGAUGCUCGUCGACCGGCAGGCCGGCCAGCACGGCGCCCGGAACAGGGUGCUCGAGGACGCCCUCUCCAAGAAGCGCCGCCGCCCCAUCGAGUACCUCCUCACCCGCAACGGCGAGACCUGCGCCGCCGGCGAGUCGGCAGCUAUGCUGGCGGCGGACGGCGUGGCGGAGCCGGACGGCGACACCACCCCGCGCGGCGACGGCGGCGGCGGCGGCGGCGGCGACACCGAGAGCUUCUGGAUGCAGCUGCUCAGCCUCGGCCUGGAGGAGAAGCAGCGAGAGGACGGCGUCGCCGGCGGCGUCCAGGAGAGUAACAGCGGCGGCGCUGACGUGGACAACGACGAGGAGGAUGACGACGAUGACGUGGACGUGCUCGUGCAGAGCAUAUAUCACCUCAGCCCCAAGUGAAAGGUCGAGAAGGUUCCACGGCGAAAACGAAGGGUACGUUUCGUUUCGUAGGGUGACGUAAUCGCAACAGUAGCGAGUAGUAGGAAUGUAGGGGUAGCACUGCACUUGUCUUUCUUUCCAUUUUUUUAUAGUUUCGGACAUCUUGUCGCCGCCCUGCAAGUUGCCAAAAAAAGCAGCCAAGCCCCACUGCCACAGGCGACGGAAGGUUCAAGAAGUCGAGAAGCUUCUCCCGCGGGGGAAGCUUCUAGAGGUGUCCAGUAAGACAGCACAGUAGCUGCGGGUGUUCAAGAAGCUGGGAAGCUUCUAGAUGUCCUCUAGGACGGUGGCUUCGAAUGUUCUUCUUCUGGAAUUUGCACCUAGUAUCAGCUAAUUAUGUGCGCUGUAUUUUGCCCAUGCUACUGCCAUAUGCAACUGGUGCCUCUUAUCCCCCAACAGCUACUGCUGCCCUUUUAAAAUUUGAAAGUUACGGAGUAAUUUCAGCUGAUUUUUAAGUUUCUUCAUUAGUAGUUUACUUUCUGUAUUGGUUGUCAAAUCUUAAAUAAAGUUCUACUUAUAAAUAUCUUGGCUA